CGAGCACUGGCGGGUUCCGGGUCCUGUGACCGGUCAGGCGGCGUCAGCGGGCGCGGCGGAGGGCGGGCCGGCCUCGGGGGAGUUUCCGCGGCCGCCGGGGGCGGGGCGGGAGAGCGCGAGGUCGGGCGGGAGGCCAGACUCGGAGCCCCAGCACGCCGGACAGCCACAGCGCUCAUGGCGGGCGGGGGAGCCGGGGACCCCGGCCUGGGGGCGGCUGCCGCCCCGGCGCCCGAGACCCGCGAGCACCUCUUCAAGGUGCUGGUUAUCGGCGAGCUUGGAGUGGGCAAGACCAGCAUCAUCAAGCGAUACGUCCACCAGCUCUUCUCCCAGCACUACCGGGCCACCAUCGGGGUGGACUUCGCCCUCAAGGUCCUCAACUGGGACAGCAGGACUCUGGUGCGCCUGCAGCUGUGGGACAUCGCGGGGCAGGAGCGAUUUGGCAACAUGACCCGAGUAUACUACAAGGAAGCUGUUGGUGCUUUUGUAGUCUUUGAUAUAUCAAGAAGUUCUACAUUUGAGGCAGUCUUAAAAUGGAAAAGUGAUCUGGAUAGUAAAGUUCAUCUUCCAAAUGGCAGCCCUAUCCCUGCCGUCCUCUUGGCUAACAAAUGUGACCAGAACAAGGACAGUAGCCAGACUCCUUCCCAGAUGGACCAGUUCUGCAAAGAACAUGGCUUCGCCGGAUGGUUUGAAACUUCUGCAAAGGAUAACAUAAACAUAGAGGAAGCUGCCCGGUUCCUAGUGGAGAAGAUUCUUGCAAACCACCAAAGCUUUCCUAAUGAAGAAAACGAUGUGGGCAAAAUUAAGCUAGAUCAAGAGACCUUGAGAGCAGAGAGCAAAUCCCAGUGUUGCUGAUAGGGCUUCUGCUUCUCUCGUGUGUGCCUCAGCUCUGAAGAAGUUCCUGAGAAUGGGUUAUGGAUGUCAUGUUAGCUGUGAGUCUUCCCACAGGUGGCACUUCAAAAGGCAGCACCACUGAGUGCCUGCACUUAUUUGAAAAUGGAACUUUGGGAGAAGUAUCCCUGCCAGUGGCUCUGUAACUUAACAGAUGACAAUUAGGCUUUUGUCAUUGUCGCCAUCAUAUGGAAGAUAAUGUUUACAUCCUUUUAAACAUCUUUUUAUAUGACAGUUCCUUAGGAUUUGGUAAGCCUUCCAAGUUGUAGCUUUUAAUGUAAGUGCUGGGGUGGUAAUAAAAUGUUACCUCCAGUCUUAUGGUCAUUUUGAGUCUAUAUUUUUGCCAUCUUAUUGUAUCCUCACUUUUUAGGGGGAGGUUUAGAUUGUAUUAGCCACAAAGGCUUGAGGUUUCUCUUUAGCAAUUUUCUAUUCAAAACUUUGGAAAGGCCAGGUAUGGUGGCUCAUGCCUAUAAUCCCAGCACUUUAAGAAGGUGAGGCAGGAAGAUCACUUGAGCCCAGGAGUUUGAGGUCACAGUGAGCUAUGAUUGUACCACGGCACUCCAGCCUGAGCAACAGAGUGAGAACCUCUUAAAACAAGACAAACCUUUUGAAACUUUGUGUAAAAUUAUUUUCCUUACAUAUAAUUUACCCAUUCAUAGCUGGUGUGGCAUGUGGUCACUCUUCUUAAAUACAUUAAAAUGACCUUAAUGACUGAAAAAGUACUCACAGCACAUCUGCAUUAUGGAUGUGUCCCUCUGGAUAUGGUUACUACCCCUUGGAAACUAUAUAAAUGAGCAUUUUUUCUUU